AUGGCGAAAACAUCAACAAAUGAGGAUCUUGCUACAAAAUUACUGACGAUGAUAAACGUCUCAGCGAGCAAAUCAACACAGCCAAAGCGGAUACGAUUUGAUAACCCAGAGCUCCAGAAGACAUCCAAGAAGAAGAAGCUCUCAGAGGAUACCGAGAAGACUGAGAAGACUGAGAGAACUGAGAAGAAGAGCCCUACGAAAAAGAAGAAGAAUGCUCAAGAGGAAGACGACGAUGAAGAAGGUCUUGAUACUCUCUCCUCACAUUUUGGUCCAACGCCCACAAAUCUCACAGACGAGCUGCUUGCUAGAGUUGUUGAUCACAGGUGGGAUUCUCUACCCUCAAAUGGUCCACUAGGAAGAUGCACAGAAGUCGGUUUGGGUGCUAGUCCAAACGAGAAUGUAUAUAUAAGUCCACGCUUUACACAAGCAAAGCACAAUAAGGAUCUUCUCAAACUUCUUGGAAGCUACAAGGAUGUACUUUCCAGUCACCUCACAGAAGCUGAGCAUGCGAAGAUGCGUAAGAACUUGUCGUUACACAUCCACAACCAUCUUUUCCGCACACGCCGUCGUGUUUUAAAGAACAACGAGAAACUUGCACACUUCCACGCUGACGACGAGAAUAAAGGGAAGGAAGCUCCAGAAUGCACAGAUCAAGGUUUUACACGCCCGAAAGUACUUAUAUUGACGCCAUUCCGCCAUAACGCCCUUGAAUGGUUGAAGGAUCUCAUCGACAAUGCACCAACAUCCCAAACAGACAAUAAAGGAAGACUCUUCCAAGAAUUUAGCUUACCAAAAGGUGCAAUCGAUAAGAUUGCAAGUAGCCCUCCAGGUACUUACCCUCCAGACCAUGUCUCGACAUUUGUGGGAAACAUCGAUGAUAAUUUCAAACUGGGUGUCAAAUUAACAAGAAAGUCUUUCAAACCAUAUGCAGAAUUUUACUCCUCUGAUAUUAUUUUGGCUUCUCCAUUGGGUUUGAAGCUUGCAAUGGAAAAAUCGAAGGAUACGGAUUAUUUAUCCUCGAUUGAGAUUGUCGUUGGUGAUAAACUAGAUGUCAUCACUAUGCAGAAUUGGCAACACUUAACAGAAAUAUUCGAAAACCUCAACAACAUUCCAAAAGAAGGACACGGAUGUGAUUUCGCGAGAGUUAAGCCAUGGUAUCUUGACAACAAAGCUAGAUAUCUACGCCAAUCUGUUCUCAUGGCAGGUUAUGAAACUCCAGAGAUGCGCAAUUUGUUCAAUAAACACUGCAAUAAUGUUGAUGGAAAGAUACGCACGGAGACACGUUUCAAUGGUGUUCUUGGAGAUGUUGCAGAGGGUGUGAAAUCAAGCUUUUAUAGAUUCGAUGCUGAUAACCUCCUCGAUGAACCUGAUGCACGUUUCGCAUACUUCAAAGAAAAGACACUCCCAUCGUUGAAGAAGUCCGCGGUUUCUUCUUCUUCUACUAUCAUAUUCGUUAGCUCAUACUUUGAUUUCGUUCGCUUGAGAAACUACCUCAAAGCGUCUGAUGUCAAGUUCGCAGGUCUCAGUGAAUAUUCAACUAAUAAAGAAAUAUCGAGAGUUCGUACAGCGUUCUUUAAAAACGAGGUGAACUUCUUACUAGUUAGUGAACGUUUCCACUUCUUUAGAAGAUAUAGACUUAGAGGUGGCUUAACUUUCCUCUUUUAUAGUUUACCGGACCACGCGGUCUUUUAUCCAGAAUUUGUGAAUAUGGGUAUAGACAAUAAUGUUGAGGCAUCAGACAUUAGUGCAAUUUCACUCUAUUCACGCGCUGAUGUACUCAAAUUACAGCGUAUUGUUGGUACAACAGAUGCUAAGAUGAUGGUUAAGCAGGGUACAGAUGAUAGAUUUUCGUAUAACUAAUUUAUUCUUAUAUAUUCGUCUAAUUGUUGGGAUAUCUUAUCGUAUAGACUGCCAUUUCUUAGUUCGUCGAGCUGACUAGUGUUCAUCUUAGAUAGCACGUAAUCGGGUACUUUGCUUUUGUCUUCUGGUCGACCAAUACCUAUUCGCAAUCUGUCGAAAUCUGUCCCCAUGUGCUUUGCUAUUGAUUUCAGUCCAUUAUGUCCAUUAGCAGAUCCAGCUGCUUUGAAGGAUAUUUUCAUCCAGUCUCGCUGCAAAUCAUCAUGCAGGACAAGCAACUUCUCAGCGCGUAUUUGGGAGUAAUAACUAGAUAUACUCUUACCACUAACAUUCA